CUUUGAUACCAAUGAAAGAUAAUGUUCACAUCCCUGGGGGCUGUAUCAGUGCUCAGGACUAUAAGAGGCCCGAGAGUACUGCAGAAAAGCACCAUCCGGUCCAAAUUCUCCUGCCGCACAGGUCCUGUACCCUCAGCAGCCAUGAAAUUCAUCCUCAUUGCCGCCGUCGCCCUUCUUGCUCUGGCACAGGGAAGCUCUGCUCAAGAUGCUACCGAUCUUGAGAAGCUCACCCAGUACUUUGAAGAGAUGAGAACCAAACUGACCCAUGACCUGACUGAGUUGAUUAACAACCAGGACCUGGCAAACCAGGCUAAGACCUUCAUCAGCGACGGGCAAGCCCAGCUGGAGCCUCUGGCUGCUCAGGUCCAGGAAAAGCUGAGGACCGUCGCCACCAACGUUGAGGAGCAGAUCAAGCCAAUGGCUGCCAACGUGCAGGCUCAGGUUCAGCCCAUGAUGGAAAACUUCCAGCAGCAGGUUCAGGCUAUCCUCCAGAAGCUGAUGGACCAGACCCAGGCCAUUGGAAACUAAACUCUCCACACAACAAGAUGCAAAAGUGCUUCCAAAACCACCACCUCCUCAGAGCUACUUGUAUUUGAUGGCUGGCCUAAAAAUGCGGGCAGAAGAUCUUCAGCCUAAACGUGUUUCAGUGAUUGUUAGCAUUGGCCUUGUCAUUCUGUCCAAAAAGCACAAUUAAAACUUGAAACACAACUCCA